ACAAACGUUCCGCAAAAGAACUUCACUAACGAAAGCGGAAGCGCUAACGAAACAACCUCCCGCUGCAAGCACCUGACAUUCCUGAGACGGCAAACCACCGACGGCUGGCAGUUGAAUCCAAGAUUGGAGUCCCACCAACAAAAAGGUUCAUAUCGGUCUACGAGCCUAAUAUAUCAUAUUAUAGUAGACUGGGCAGAGUCAUGGUAUCAUAUGACACCAAGAAGAAUUCAUGGCACUGUCCCUGUGCAAAAACCCAGAGAUCAUGUACCCAUAAAUACAUAGCAAAAUGGCACCUCUGUCAAAUUCACCCUGAACUCUUCCGAAAAGUUCCGAGCACUGAAAGCGCUGAAGAAUUUCAGGCAGCAGCGAUGGAGGAAAGUGAUGAAAGUGAGAAUUACCCUCCAAAGGACAUUGCUAAAGUAAAGAGCAUAGUAGAAUACAUCUUAAUGAAUAAAAAGCUACCAUCUACUAUUCCCAGUCAUUUGAGGCUUUCUUCAGACUAUAAGGAAUUUCCAAAACACCUAAUCCCUGAUGAGACAAUGUGCUACCACUGCUCAGACCGCACAUUGCUCAGUGAUCCUGUCUGCAUUACACGUAAAGCGAAAAUUCUUACAACUACAGGAAUUGUCCAAGAUAUUUCAACCUACUACAAAUUCUGUUCUUUCUGUGGAAUGGUGUACCGUUACCAAGAGUGGGCUAAUGGUUUGCAUAACUUCAAUGACCAUGUCCUCCUUGAACUCUCUCUCUGCCUCACCAUAAGAAACCUGUUGCAGGUGCAUACAGCAGUCAGCAGAGUAGUGGAGUACUUGGAGGUAACUACAGGUGUACAGUUCCCCUCAGCAGUUACUCUUCUCCACGGCUAUCUGCAUUUUGAGGCCGUAACUGACCAUGAAUACGAGUAUUCAUGUGUAUCUUGUGGUGACCAUCCACCUGUGGUCAUAAUGGACCUCCACAAGAAGGCAUUCUUUCAUCUCUCUGUGCGUGAUCUUUCACAGCCUCCACAAGAUUUUAAUGGAGAGGUGGAUUUAGAUAUGUUUUGGAAGGCACUGACAGAAGAACGAAUUGCUCGAGGAUUUUUUUCAAGUCAAAAAACAAUCCAUUUUGUGUUACACCUAGUUACAACUUUUGGGCACCCUGGAUCGGGAGUAAGACUCAUAUAGCGAAUGUUGUUCUCAACACUGAAUUUGAGAAAGUGCACAAAGCAAAAACUGCAGAACGAACAGAAUAACUGUCUCUGAAGAUCGCUUAAAGGACGAACUUUCAAAACAGAAAGUGGGAGUGAUAAGAAGACUGUGUCAAGAGUGUGGUUUAGAUGCCAAAGGCUCUCGCACAGAUCUACUCCUGCGACUUUCGGAGGAGAUGAGGUCAAGGGAGGCCUAUGACAAGGUUUUUGAAAAGAUUUGGGCUGCUUCAGAAAAUCCAUCCUCCACAGAGAAAUGCAUGGACAUGUCACUUGGACCACUGACAGCACUGCCAGAAAAUAUUGUGACUUUACAAACGACCGCUGCAUCACCAGGCAUAACAUCAGUCACAUCUUCUCUGUCAUCAGUACCAAUUACAGAAAAAACAGCUUGUGAACCUACCACUCUUCUGAAUUUUUUUGAACCAACUAAGCCUUGGGAGAGGUACUGGCAUCCAUUACAAGAGAAACUGCUUGAUUAUGUGCUGGACCGAAAUCGCCCUGGCAGUGAAAUAAUUGUGAAGGAGGGGCAAGUGUGCCUUAUUCGAGAAGAAUUUUGGAGCCUUGGAUUGUUGAGGGACAUGGACUCCCAUAUUGGAAACGCCUGCAUGAAGCUUAUUUGUGAAAUGGCUCGACAAAUUGGCAAGGACAUAUACAUUGAGGACUUUUAUGUUGUCCCUGUGUGGAAAGAAACUCCUAACAACAUUGUUACUGGAUUACCGGAAGAUGCAGACUUGAAAAACCUGUUAGCCUUUCCAGCAUGGACAAAUGCCAAUGGACCAGACCGCUUUGUUGUCUGUGAAAAUUGCUUACCAAGUGGAUCAUUGGACAUGGACUGAAAAGACUGGAUAUGAUUUUCCAGCUUUGCCACAUCAGACAAGAGGGAAUGAUUGUGGUGUUUUUGUACUCAUGUACACCCUCUCAAUGGUGUGUGGCAUUGGGUUUCAAUUCCAGGAGAUGGAUAUACCUAUCAUCCGUCAGUGGUGGUGCCUUCUACUCAUGGAACGAUUUUAAAUUGAUGGCUAUGGGCACAGAUUUGCUUUCUGGACUGAGGCGACAAGAAGUGUCUUGGAUGGAAAGAUUCUGCUCCUUUUUAGGGUGAAAAGAAAAACCACAUCCAAUCUUCCGGCACAUGUCCAAGCAGUUCAAGAUCGGGAAAGGAAUGACAAAAGAUUAGUGGACUUGAUUAUCACAUCAAAAUCAGCAGAGCAGCAUUUGGUGGUAUAGAUGGUUCCACUUUAAAUUACUCCUCUAGACUCUGAGUAUGGCUGACUUAAAUAUAGUCAAGUGACAAUUUAACUAUUAUUUGCCAAAUAUAAUUAAUUAAUUAAUUGUGCAUUUACAUAUGAAAUAUAAUUUCCUUUUAUGGCCCAAAGGAUAUACUCGGUGGAAAAAGGUCAAAUUGGUUUCCACUAAAACCCCGUUCUCAAGUGCCUGUCUACAUUGAGAAUGAGCAGUCCCAGUCAAUCAUUUGUGACUACAUCAGAGGAAUUCUUAAUAAAACCAAAACACAGCUGACCUUCAGUGAUGAGGUGGAGUUCAUUUGUGGAUGUCUCCUCCCAGAGGCCAUAACUCAUGGCAUUUCCGAGUUACAAGGCUUGUCUUGGCAGGAGGCUGAAGAUGUCUUCCUCCAGGGCCCCAUUUAUCACGCAAGUGAAGUUGAGGAAUUUAACAGAAGAAUUGCUCGAGAAAUGAAAAAUCUCCCCAACAAGAAUCUUAAUGACUUGUAGGACCUCAUGAAA